GCUGCGCCCCACGCCGCGGACCGGACGGAGCCGCGCCCGGACAAAAGCUGCCGCCUCGCUGCCCCGGCCAGCGCCACCGCUGGGGGCAGUCGGGCUCGGCGCCGGUGACCCACUCGCAGCCUCAAACUUUUCUCUGGCUGGGAGACUGCAAGAGUCUGAUGAGUAACUCGGACAGGAGAUCCUCUGUCCUCUGAUGAGGAGGAUUCUGCACUGUGCUUAGGCGCGCGGGGGGGAAAAGCAAAAAGAAAAGAAAAAUGAUUUCCUGGGACGUUGCCCGCACAGUAUGCGUGUUUGCCUUUCUUUAUUCUUCCCUAGCUCAAGAUGCCAGCCCCCAGUCGGAGGUCAGGGCUGAGGAAAUCCCCGAGGGGGCUUCCACCCUGGCUUUUGUGUUUGAUGUGACUGGCUCCAUGUAUGACGAUUUGGUUCAGGUUAUUGAAGGGGCUUCCAAAAUUUUGGAGACGUCUUUGAAAAGACCCAAGAGACCUCUUUACAACUUUGCUUUGGUGCCUUUCCACGAUCCAGAAAUUGGCCCAGUGACAAUCACUACAGAUCCCAAGAAAUUUCAGUAUGAACUCAGAGAACUGUAUGUUCAGGGUGGUGGUGAUUGUCCAGAAAUGAGUAUUGGAGCUAUAAAGAUUGCCUUGGAAAUUUCUCUUCCUGGUUCUUUCAUCUAUGUUUUCACUGAUGCCCGGUCCAAGGACUACCGACUCGCCCAUGAAGUGCUGCAGCUUAUCCAGCAGAAGCAGUCUCAAGUGGUAUUUGUGCUCACUGGAGACUGUGAUGACAGGAACCACAUUGGAUAUAAAGUCUAUGAAGAAAUUGCCUCCACAAGUUCUGGCCAAGUGUUCCAUCUGGACAAGAAACAAGUUAACGAGGUGUUAAAGUGGGUAGAAGAAGCAGUACAGGCUGCCAAAGUUCACCUCUUAUCAACAGAUCAUUUGAAACAGGCUGUGAAUACUUGGAGAAUUCCUUUUGAUCCCAGCCUCAAAGAGGUCACUGUGUCCCUGAGUGGCCCUUCUCCACUGAUUGAGGUUCGCAAUCCUCUAGGGAAGCUGAUAAAAAAGGGAUUUGGCCUGAAUGAACUAUUAAAUAUCCAUAACUCUGCCAAAGUGGUGAACGUGAAAGAGCCUGAGGCUGGAAUGUGGACAGUGAAGACCUCUAGCAGUGGGAGGCACUCUGUUCGCAUCACUGGUCUCAGUACUAUUGAUUUCCGAGCUGGUUUUUCCCGAAAGCCCACUCUGGACUUCAAGAAAACAGUCAACAGACCUGUGCAAGGAAUACCAACAUACGUGCUGUUGAAUACUUCUGGGAUUUCCAGUCCAGCUAGGGUAGAUCGACUUGAGCUUCUAAGUAUCUCAGGAAAUUCCCUGAAGACUAUUCCUGUUAAAUAUUACCCAGAUCGAAAACCUUACGGCAUAUGGAACAUUUCUGAUUUUAUUCCUCCAGAUGAGGCUUUCUUUCUCAAAGUGACAGGCUAUGACAAGGAUGAUUAUCUCUUCCAGAGAGUGUCAAGUGUUUCCUUUUCUAGUAUUGUCCCAGAUGCUCCAAGGGUUACAAUGCCAAAGAAAACCCCAGGAUACUACCUGCAGCCUGGCCAAAUUCCCUGCUCUGUUGAGAGUCUUUUACCCUUCACCUUGAGCUUUGUCAGGAAUGGAGUUACACUUGGAGUAGACCAGUAUUUCAAGGAGUCCUCCACUAUAAACUGGGAUAUUGAAAAAGUCACUUUGUCUGAUGAAGGCACCUACGAAUGCAUUGCUGUCAGCAGUGUAGGGACUGGACGGGCCCAGACGUUUUUUGAUGUAUCAGAGCCGCCUCCCGUCAUUCAAGUGCCUAAUAAUGUCACAGUUGCUCCUGGAGAGAGAGCUGUUUUGACAUGUCUUGUCAUCAGUGCUGUGGAUUACAAUCUAACCUGGCAGAUCAAUGGCAGAGAUAUUAGACUGGCAGAGCCAGCAAGGACUAGGACAUUGGCCAAUCUCUCCCUGGAGCUGAGGAGUGUGAAAGUCAGCGAUGCUGGGGCGUACCAUUGUAUGGUUUCCAGUGAAGGUGGAUCCGCAGCAGGUUCAGUUUUCCUCACGGUGCAAGAACCACCCAAAGUCACUGUGAUGCCCAAGAACCAGUCCUUUACAGGAGGAUCUGAGGUUUCCAUCAUGUGUUCUGCAACAGGGUAUCCCAAACCAAAGAUUGCCUGGACUGUUAACGAUAUGUUUAUUGUGGGUUCACACAGGUAUAGGAUGACCUCUGAAGGUACCUUACUUAUUAAAAAUGCAGUUCCCAAAGAUGCAGGAACCUAUGGUUGCUUGGCAAGUAAUUCAGCCGGAACAGAUAAGCAGACAGCUACUCUCAGAUACAUGGAAGCCCCAAAGUUGACUGUAGUUCAGAGCGAGCUGCUGGUUGCCCUUGGGGACACAACAGUUAUGGAAUGCAAGGCCACUGGUGUUCCUCCGCCUCAGGUUAAAUGGUUCAAAGGGGAUCUGGAGUUGAGACCCUCAACAUUCCUCAUCAUUAACCCCCUCUUGGGACUUUUGAAGAUUCAAGAAACUCAAGACCUGGAUGCCGGUGAUUACACGUGUGUAGCUGUCAAUGAUGCCGGUAGAGCGACUGGCGAGAUAACUCUGGAUGUGGGCUCUCCUCCAGUUUUCAUACAAGAACCUGUUGAUAUUUCUGCUGAAAUUGGCUCCAACGUGACAUUACCUUGUUACAUUCAGGGUUACCCAGAACCAAAGAUCAAGUGGCGAAGAUCCGACAACAUGCCGAUUUUUUCAAGACCUUUUUCAGUUAGUUCCAUCAGCCAAUUAAGAACAGGAGCUCUCUUUAUUUUAAACUUGUGGGCCAGUGAUAAAGGAACCUAUAUUUGUGAAGCUGAAAACCAGUUUGGGAAGAUCCAGUCACAGGCAACGAUAACAGUGACAGGACUUGUUGCUCCUCUUAUUGGAAUCAGUCCUUCUGUGGCCAAUGUUAUUGAAGGACAACAGCUGACUCUGCCUUGUACUAUUCUGGCUGGAAACCCCAUCCCAGAACGUCGAUGGACUAAAAAUUCAGCCACACUGGUACAGAACCCUUACAUAACUGUGCGCAGAGAUGGGAGUCUCCAUAUUGAAAGAGUUCGGCUGCAGGAUGGAGGCGAAUAUACUUGUGUGGCCACUAACGUUGCUGGAACCAGCAGCAAAAGAACCUCUGUGGUGGUGCACGUUCUGCCAACCAUUCAGCAUGGGCAGCAGAUACUCAGCACAAUCGAAGGCAUCCCAAUAACAUUACCUUGCAAAGCCAGUGGAAUCCCCAAGCCGUCUAUUGUCUGGACCAAGAAAGGAGAGCUGAUUCCCACCAGCAGUGCUAAGUUUUUGGCAGGUGCUGAUGGCAGUCUCUAUGUGGUAUCACCUGGAGGCGAGGAGAAUGGAGAAUAUGUCUGCACAGCCACCAACGCCGCAGGCUACGCCAAGAGGAAAGUGCAGCUGACUGUCUAUGUAAGGCCCAGAGUGUUUGGAGAGUACCAAGGCCUGUCCCAAGAUAAGCCCGUGGAGAUCUCAGUGCUGGCAGGGGAAGAGGUGACCCUUCCCUGUGAAGUGCACAGCUUACCCCCACCUGUAAUCACCUGGGCCAAAGAAACCCAACUCAUCUCGCCAUUCUCUCCGAGACACAUGUUCCUCCCUUCUGGUUCAAUGAAAAUCACUGAAGCCCGACUUUCAGAUAGUGGGAUGUAUCUUUGUGUUGCCACAAAUAUUGCUGGAAAUGUGACGCAGUCUGUAAAAUUAAGCGUCCAUGUUUCUCCAAAGAUACAGCAUGGCCCUAAGCACGUGAAAGUCCAAGUUGGUCACCGAGUGGAUAUUCCCUGUAAUGCUCAAGGGUCACCUCUUCCUGUGGUCACCUGGUUUAAAGAGGGCCAGACCAUACUGAUCGAUGGAGUGCAGCACAUUAGUGAUCCAGAUGGGACUUUAAGCAUCAACCAAGCCAUGCUGUCAGAUGCUGGCAUAUAUACAUGCGUUGCUACUAAUAUAGCAGGCAGUGAUGAAACGGAGAUAAUGCUCCAUGUUCAAGAACCACCUACAAUGGAAGAUCUUGAACCACCUUUUAACACUCCAUUUCAAGAACGAGUGGCCAAUCAGCGCGUUGUAUUUCCAUGUCCCACUAAAGGUAUUCCUAAACCAACCAUCAAGUGGUUGCGCAAUGGUAGAGAAUUAACAGGCAGAGAGCCCGGCAUUUCUAUCUUAGAAGAUGAUGCACUGUUAGUCUUAGCUUCUGUCACACCACAUGACAAUGGGGAGUACAUCUGUGUGGCAGUCAACGAGGCUGGGACUACAGAAAGAAAAUACAACCUCGAAGUCCACGUUCCUCCAGUAAUUAAAGAUAGGGAACACACAGCAAAUGUGUCAGUGCUGCUAAAUCAGCUGACCAGUCUCUUUUGUGAAGUGGAAGGGACUCCAUCACCCGCGAUUACUUGGUACAAGGACGAUGUGCAGGUGACUGAAAGCAGCACUAUUCAGAUUCUGAACAAUGGGAAAAUUCUAAAGCUUUUCAGAGUCAUGGCAGAGGAUGCAGGGAGAUAUUCCUGCAAAGCAGUUAACAUUGCUGGCGUAGCUCAGAAGCAUUUUACUAUGGAAGUUCUAGUUCCACCCAGCAUAAUAGGUGCCAGCUCCCCAAAUGAAGUGUCUGCCAUCGUCAACCACAACGCCACCCUUGAAUGCCAAGUGAGAGGCUCUCCCUUCCCCAGCAUCCAGUGGUUCAAAGAUGGCAAGCCUUUAUUUUUGGGAGAUCCUAACAUUGAACUUUUAGAUGAAGGACAAAUUUUACACCUGAAGAAUGCGCGAAGAAAUGACAAGGGGCGCUACCAGUGUGCUGUGUCUAACGCCGCUGGCAAACAAGCCAAGGACAUAAAACUGACUGUCUACAUUCCACCCAGCAUUAAAGGAGGCAAUGCUACUGCAGAAGUGUCAGCACUCAUCAACAGCGGAAUCAAACUGGAAUGUGAAGCCCGAGGACUGCCAGUGCCAGCUGUUACUUGGUAUAAGGAUGGCCAACUAGUCAGAUCCAGCUCACAAGCACUUUAUAUUGAUAAGGGACAAUUCCUUCAUAUUCCCCAAGCACAAGUCUCUGAUUCAGCAACAUACACCUGUCAUGUAACCAAUGUGGCUGGCACUGCUGAAAAAUCAUUCCAUGUUGACGUCUAUGUUCCCCCUGUGAUUGAAGGUGACUCAACAAUACCUUUGAAUAAGCAAGUUGUCGUUGCUCAUUCUUUGACUCUGGAGUGUAAAGCUGCUGGCAACCCUCCUCCGGCUCUCACUUGGUUAAAAGAUGGUGUCCCCGUGAAAGCCAGUGACAACAUCCGUGUCGAAGCCGGUGGGAAGAAGCUAGAAAUCCUGAGUGCCCUGGAAGUUGAUCAGGGACAGUACGUGUGUGUGGCUACAAGUGUGGCAGGAGAAAAGGAAAUCAAAUAUGACGUUGAUGUCCUAGUGCCACCCUUUGUAGAAGGAGGAGAGGAAACAUCUUACUUCAUUGUGAUAGUUAAUAACUUACUGGAGCUAGAUUGCCAAGUGACAGGCUCUCCACCACCAGCUAUCAUGUGGCUGAAGGAUGGUCAGCUAAUUGAUGAAAGAGAUGGAUUUAAGAUGUUACUAAAUGGACGCAAACUGGUUAUUGCUCAGGCACAAAUGUCAGACACAGGCAUUUUUCAGUGUGUGGCAACAAACUCUGCUGGAGAACACAGGAAGGAAUUUGAAGUAACUGUUCAUGUUCCUCCAACAAUCAAGCCUUCAGGCCUUUCUGAGAGAGUUGUGGUGAAACACAAGCCUGUCACCUUACAGUGCAUAGCCAAUGGCAUUCCGAAUCCAUCCAUUACAUGGUUAAAAGAUGACCAACCUGUGAACACUGCCCAAGGAAACCUCAAAAUGCAGUCUUCUGGUCGAGUUCUGCAGAUUGCCAAGGCCCUGUUGGAAGAUGCUGGCAGAUACACGUGUGUGGCUACCAACGCAGCUGGAGAGUCGCAGCAGCACACGCGGCUGCAUGUGCACGAACCACCCAGCCUGGAAGCCGCGGGCAAGAUGCUGAACGAGACGGUGGUCGUGAAUAACCCUAUCCAGCUGGAGUGCAGGGCGGCCGGGAAUCCUUCGCCUGUCAUUUCCUGGUAUAAAGAUGGCCGCCCACUUUCCAGUUCAACUAGCAUAACUUUCUUGAACAGAGGACAGAGCAUUGAUAUUGAAAGUGCCCAGAUCUCAGAUGCUGGCCUGUAUAAAUGUGUGGCAAUCAACUCUGCUGGUGCCACAGAGUUAUUUUACAGCUUGCAGGUCCAUGUGCCCCCAUCGAUUUCAGGCAGCAGUGACAUGGUAACUGUUGUGGUGAAUAAUCUGGUGAGAUUAGAAUGUGAAGCCAGAGGUAUCCCAGCCCCAAGUCUGACAUGGCUGAAAGACGGGAGUCCUGUCUCUAGUUUUGCUAAUGGAAUCCAGAUUCUCUCUGGGGGUCGCAUCUUAGCCCUGACUAGUGCACAGAUAAGUGACAGUGGGAAAUACACCUGCGUGGCAGUGAAUGCUGCUGGGGAGAAACAAAGGGACACUGACCUCAGAGUAUACGUUCCACCAAAUAUUAUGGGAGAAGAACAGAACAUCUCUGUCCUCAUAAGCCAACCUGUGGAGCUGUUAUGCCAAAGUGAUGCUGUCCCCUCACCAAUGUUGACAUGGUUGAAAGAUGGCCGCCCUAUGCUGAAGAAACCAGGUCUCAGUAUCUCUGAAAAUGGAAGUGUAUUAAAGAUUGAAGACACUCAGGUUCAAGACGCUGGUCGUUAUACCUGUGAAGCAACAAAUAUCGCAGGAAAAACUGAGAAAAAUUAUAAUGUCAACAUUUGGGUGCCACCAAGCAUUUAUGGUUCUGACGAACUUGUUCAAGUCACAGUCAUUGAGGGAAAUCUCAUUACUCUCUUGUGUGAAUCAAGUGGAAUUCCACCCCCAAAUCUCAUUUGGAAAAAGAAAGUCCGACCAGUAAUAACCAACAGUGGCAGCCACCCUACAGAAGUUGUUGUUGCUCGAGGGAAGACUGUGUCCUUAGAGUGUGAGGUGCAAGGUGUUCCUCAGCCAACAGUGACCUGGCUGAAAGAUGGCCGCCCCUUAACCAAGGGAAAAGGAGUUGAAGUGUUGGAUGACGGCCGUGUCCUUCAGCUGAAGAAUAUUCAUGUAUCUGACACAGGCCGUUAUGUGUGUGUUGCUGUGAAUGUAGCAGGAAUGACUGACAAAAAAUUUGACUUAAGUGUACAUGUGCCCCCAAGCAUCAUAGGACACCAUGGGAUACCAGAAAACGUCAGUGUUGUGGAAAAGAGCUCAGUGUCCCUGACUUGUGAAGCUUCGGGAAUCCCUCUGCCUUCAAUUACCUGGCUUAAAGAUGGUUGGCCUGUGAGCCUUAGCAGUACUGUAAGGAUUCUUGCAGGGGGCAGGACACUACGGUUGAUACAGGCCAGAAUGGAAGAUGCUGGUCAGUACAUCUGUGUUGUAAGGAAUACGGCUGGUGAAGAAAGAAAAAUCUUUGGACUUGCAGUAUUAGAACCACCUCAUAUUGUGGGUGAAAAUACACUGGAGGAUGUGAAAGUGAAAGAGAAGCAGAGUGUUACACUGACUUGUGAAGUGACAGGGAAUCCAGUACCAGAAAUCACAUGGCACAAAGAUGGACAGCUCCUCCAAGAAGAUGAAGCCCAUCACAUUAUGUCUGGUGGUCGUUUUCUUCAAAUUACCAAUGCUCAAGUGUUGCACACUGGCAGAUAUACCUGUUUGGCUUCUAACGCAGCUGGCGACAAGAGCAAGAGCUUCAGUCUUAAUGUGUUUGUGUCUCCUACAAUUGUUGGUGCCGGAAGUGACGGCAGCCCUGAAGACGUCAUUGUUACCCUCAACAGCCCAACCUCUUUGGUCUGUGAAGCUUAUUCCUACCCUCCAGCUACCAUCACCUGGUUUAAGGAUGGAGCCCCAUUAGGAUUGUCCCGAAAUAUUCGUAUUCUUCCUGGAGGCAGAACUCUGCAGAUCCUCAAUGCCCAGGAGGACAAUGCUGGAAGAUACUCGUGCGUAGCCACUAAUGAGGCUGGAGAAAUGAUCAAGCAUUACGAAGUGAAAGUCUACAUUCCACCCAUAAUCAAUAAAGGGGACCUUUUGGGACCAGGUCUUUCCCCUAAGGAAGUGAAGAUAAAAGUAAACAACACCCUGACUCUGGAGUGUGAAGCAUAUGCGAUUCCAUCUGCCUCCCUCAGCUGGUACAAGGAUGGACAGCCCCUGAAAUCAGAUGAUCAUUUUAUUAUUGCUGCAAAUGGACACAUACUUCAAAUAAAAGAAGCUCAAAUAUCAGACACUGGACGAUAUACUUGUGUAGCAUCUAACCUUGCAGGUGAAGACGAGUUGGAUUUCGAUGUGAAUAUUCAAGUUCCUCCAAGUUUUCAGAAACUCUGGGAAAUAGGAAACAUGCUGGAUGUGGGAAGAAGUGGUGAAGCCAAAGAUGUGAUCAUCAACAACCCCAUUUCUCUUUACUGUGAGACAAAUGCUGCUCCUCCUCCCACACUGACAUGGUACAAAGAUGGCCAGCCUCUGACAUCAAGUGACAAAGUAAUGAUUUUGCCAGGAGGGCGAGUGUUGCAGAUUCCCCGGGCUAAAGUAGAAGAUGCUGGCAGAUACACAUGUGUGGCCGUGAAUGAGGCUGGAGAAGAUUCCCUUCAGUAUGACGUCCGUGUACUUUUGCCACCAGUUAUCAAGGGAGCAAGUAGUGAUCACCCAGAAGAGGUGACCGUGCUGGUGAAUGAGAGUGUCCAGAUGGAUUGCUUCUCCAGUGGCAGCCCAGCACCAAGGAAUUCCUGGCAAAGAGAUGGAAAGCCCUUGCUGGAAGAUGACCAUCAUAAAUUUCUGUCUAGUAGCAGAAUGCUACAGAUUUUAGAUGCUCAAAUAACUGACAUCGGCAGGUACGUGUGCAUUGCUGAGAACACAGCUGGGAGCACCAAGAAGUAUUUUAAUCUCAAUGUUCAUGUUCCUCCAAGUGUAAUUGGUCCUAAUCCUGAAAAUCUCACGGUUGUUGUAAACAAUUUCAUCUCUUUGACCUGUGAGGUCUCUGGUUUUCCACCUCCUGAUCUCAGCUGGCUCAAGAAUGAACAACCCAUCAAGCCAAACACAAAUGCCCUCAUUGUGCCUGGUGGUCGAACUUUACAGAUUAUUCGAGCCAAGGUAUCUGAUGGUGGUGAAUACACUUGUAUAGCUAUCAACCAAGCUGGUGAAAGGAGGAAAAAAGUUUCCCUGACUGUUUAUGUGCCCCCAAGCAUUAAGGAUCAUGACAGUGAGUCUGUCUCUGUAGUUAAUGUAAGACAGGGAACUUCAGUGUCAUUGGAAUGUGAGUCAAAUGCUGUCCCACCUCCAGUCAUCACCUGGUAUAAGAAUGGGCGGAUGAUAUCAGAGUCUACUCAUGUGGAGAUUUUAGCUGAUGGACAAAUGCUACACAUCAAGAAAGCUGAGGUAUCUGACACAGGCCAGUAUGUAUGUAGAGCUAUAAAUGUAGCAGGACGAGAUGAUAAAAAUUUCCACCUCAAUGUAUAUGUGCUGCCCAGUAUUGAAGGGCCUGAAGGAGAAGUGGUUGUGGAGACAAUCAGUAAUCCAGUGACCCUGACAUGUGACGCCACUGGCAUCCCACCUCCCAUGAUAACAUGGUUGAAGAACCACAAGCCCAUAGAAAAUUCUGACUCACUUGAGGUUCACAUUUUGUCUGGGGGUAGCAAACUCCAGAUUGCCAGAUCUCAGCGUUCAGAUGGUGGAAACUAUACAUGCAUUGCAUCAAAUAUAGAGGGGAAAGCACAGAAAAACUACAUGCUUUUCAUACAAGUUCCUCCAAGUAUUGCUGGUGCUGAAAUUCCAAGUGAUGUCGGUGUCCUUCUGGGAGAAAUUGUUGAGCUGAUCUGCAAUGCCAAUGGCGUUCCUGCCCCAGUCAUUCAGUGGCUUAGAAAUGGGAAGUCUAUAACUAAUAGUGAAACAGAAAACCUCCGGGUGACUGCAAAUGGCAGCACAUUAAACAUUUAUGGAGCUCAAACAUCGGACAUGGGAAAAUACACAUGUGUGGCCACUAACCCUGCUGGAGAAGACGACCGAAUAUUUAACUUGAAUGUCUAUGUUCCACCUACAAUUACAGGUAAUAAGGAAGAGACAGAGAAGCUGAUAGCUUUGGUCGACACUUCAAUAAAUAUUGAAUGCAGAGCUACAGGGACGCCUCCUCCUCAGAUAAAUUGGUUGAAGAAUGGGCUUCCUCUGCCUCUCUCAACCCAUACUCGGUUGCUGUCAGCGGGACAGGUCAUCAGGAUUGUGAGAGCGCAGCUCUCUGACGUUGCUGUGUAUACUUGUGUGGCCUCCAACAGAGCCGGGGUGGACAACAAACAUUACAGCCUGCAAGUACUCGUACCACCCCAUAUGGAUAAUGUGAUGGGAACAGAGGAACUCACAGUUAUCAAAGGCAGCUCCACCUCUAUGAGCUGCACUACAGAUGGGACCCCCCCGCCCAGCCUGUCCUGGCUUAGAGAUGGCCAACCUCUGGGGCUGGACGCUCAUCUGACGGUCAGCACUCAGGGCUCGGUCCUGCAGUUCCUCAAGGCAGAGACUGAAGAUUCGGGAAGGUACACCUGCGUUGCCACCAAUGCUGCUGGGGAAGUCAGCAAGCACUUCCUCCUGAAGGUCCUGGAACCACCUCACAUUAAUGGAUCUGAAGAAACUGAAGAGAUAUCAGUCAUUGUUAAUAAUCCACUUGAACUCACCUGCAUGGCUUCUGGAAUUCCUGCUCCUAAAAUUACCUGGAUGAAAGAUGGUAGGCCCCUUCUGCAGACAGAUGAUGUGCAAAGUCUUAGAGGAAAUGUGGUUCUUCAGAUAUCUAGUGCACAGGUAGAAGACACAGGAAGAUACACGUGUCUGGCAUCCAGUCCUGCUGGAGAUGACGACAAGGAAUAUUUAGUGAGAGUUCAUGUGCCCCCUAAUAUUGCUGGAACUGAUGAGCCCCAGGAUAUCACUGUGCUACAGAACAGACAAGUGACACUGGAAUGUAAAUCAGAUGCAGUGCCCCCACCUGUGAUUGUGUGGCUCAGAAAUGGAGAUCGAUUGCAGGCAACGCCUCGAGUGAGAAUCCUGUCUGGAGGAAGGUAUUUACAAAUUAACAAUGCAGAUCUAGGCGACUCGGCAAAUUAUACCUGUGUUGCCAGCAACAUUGCAGGAAAAAUGACAAGAGAAUUUGUUCUCACUGUAAAUGUUCCUCCAAACAUAAAGGGCGGACCUCAGAGCCUUGUCAUUCUCUUAAAUAAUUCUGUCAUCCUGGAAUGCCUUGCUGAUGGUGCACCAACCCCAAGGAUAACAUGGAGAAAGGAUGGAGUUGUUCUAUCUGGAAAUCAUGCAAGACAUUCCAUCUUAGAAAAUGGAUUCCUUCAUAUUCGAUCAGUACAAGUGACUGACACUGGGCGGUAUUUGUGCAUGGCUACCAAUGCUGCUGGGACGGAUCGUAGGCGAAUAGAUUUGCAGGUCCAUGUUCCUCCAUCUAUUGUCCCGGGUCCUACCAACAUAACUGUAACAGUAAAUGUCCAGACCACUCUGGCUUGUGAGGCUUCUGGAGUGCCUAAACCAUCGAUCAGUUGGAGGAAAAAUGGGCAUCUUCUUAAUGUGGACCAAAAUCAAAAUACGUACAGACUCCUUUCUUCAGGUUCACUAGUCAUCAUUUCCCCUGCUGUAGAUGAUACUGCAGCCUAUGAGUGCACUGUGACAAAUGAUGCUGGAGAAGAUAAGAGAACCGUGGAUCUCGCUGUCCAAGUUCCACCCACCAUAGCUGAUGAACCUACAGACUUGUUAGUAACCAAACAGGCCCCAGCAGUAAUUACUUGCAUGGCUUCAGGAGUUCCAUUUCCCUCAAUCCACUGGACCAAAAACGGCAUAAGACUACUUCCUAGAGGAGAUGGCUAUCGAAUUCUGUCUUCUGGAACAAUUGAAUUAUCUGCCACCCAAUUAAACCAUGCAGGACGGUAUACUUGUGUUGCUAGGAAUGCAGCUGGUUCUGCACACAGACAUGUAACCCUUUAUGUCCAAGAACCUCCAGUUAUUCAGCCCCAGCCAGGAGAACUAGAUGUCAUUGUGAACAAUCCCAUUUUAUUACCGUGUGAAGCAGCAGGGACACCAAGUCCUUUCAUUUCUUGGCAAAAAGAAGGCAUCAAUGUCAUCACUUCAGGCAAAAGCCACGCAGUGCUUCCCAGCGGCAGCUUGCAGAUCUCCAGAGCUGUCCGUGAGGACGCUGGCAUUUACAUGUGUGUGGCUCAGAGCUCAGCGGGCACCGCUCUGGGCAAGAUCAAGCUGAAUGUCCAAGUUCCUCCAGCCAUCAGCACUCAUCCAAAGGAAUACAUCAUUGCUGUGGAUAAGCCCAUCAUGCUGCCCUGUGAGGCAGAUGGUCUUCCACCGCCGGACAUUACGUGGCAUAAAGAUGGGCGUGUGUUACUGGAAUCCAUCCGGCAGCGCAUCCUCAGCUCUGGGGCUCUGCAGAUCGCAUUUGCUCAGCCUGACGACACUGGCCAGUACACAUGCACAGCAGCAAAUGUGGCAGGAUCCAGCAGCAUAAGUGCCAAGCUCGUUGUCCAUGUACCACCCCGGAUCCAUAGCUCCGAAGCUCACUAUACGGUCAACGAGAACUCACAAGCUGUUCUCCCAUGUGUGGCUGAAGGAAUCCCCACACCAGCCAUUAACUGGAAGAAAAACAAUGUUCCUUUAACAAAUUUGUUAGGAAAAUACACUGCACAGCCACAUGGAGGACUCAUUUUGGAAAAUGCUGUGCUGGAAGAUUCUGGCCUCUAUACCUGUGUCGCUAACAACGCUGCAGGCGAAGAUUCGCGCACCAUCAGCCUGACUGUCCAUGUCCUCCCCACGUUCACUGAGCUUCCCGGAGAUGUGUCCUUAAAUAAAGGAGAACAGCUACGCCUGAGCUGCAGAGCAACUGGCAUUCCUCUGCCCAAGCUAACGUGGACUUUCAAUAACAAUAUUAUUCCAGCCCACUUCGACAGUGUCAAUGGACAUAGCGAACUUGUUAUUCAGAAAGUGUCCAAAGAGGACUCAGGUACUUACGUGUGCACUGCAGAGAACAGCGUUGGUUUUGUGAAGGCAAUUGGAUUUGUUUAUGUGAAGGAACCUCCGGUCUUCAAAGGGGAUUACCCCUCCAACUGGAUCGAACCCCUUGGUGGCAAUGCUAUCUUAAACUGUGAGGUGAAGGGAGACCCUGCCCCUACCAUCCAGUGGAGCAGAAAUGGGGUGGAGAUUGGAAUCAACCACCGAGUCAGACAGCUGGGCAACGGCUCCCUGGCCAUUUAUGGCACCGUGAAUGAAGAUGCCGGUGACUACACCUGUGUAGCUGCCAAUGAAGCGGGGGUGGUGCAGCGCAGCAUGAGCCUGACCCUUCAGAGUCCUCCCACUAUCACCCUUGAGCCAGCGGAAACUAUCGUUAAUGCCGGUGGCCAAGUCCGAUUGGACUGUCAGGCAGCAGGAGAGCCUCAUCCAACUAUUACCUGGUCUCGUCAGGGGCACUCUGUCCCCUGGGAUGAGCGAGUGAGCAUGUUACCCAACAACUCAUUGUAUAUUGCAGCUGCUCAGAAGGAAGAUACUUCUGAAUACGAGUGUGUUGCUCGUAAUUUAAUGGGCUCUGUCCUUGUCAGAGUGCCGGUCAUUGUCCAGGUUCACGGUGCAUUUUCCCCGUGGUCUGUCUGGGGGCCCUGCAGUGUCACCUGUGGGAAUGGCAUCCAGACCAGGAGUCGGCUGUGCAACAACCCUCGUCCAGCCAAUGGUGGGAAGCCAUGCCAAGGGCCAGAUUCAGAAAUGAGAAACUGCCAGAACAAGCUGUGUCCAGUGGAUGGCCGCUGGUCAGAAUGGAGUCUUUGGGAAGAAUGCACCAAGAGCUGUGGACGGGGCAACCGAACCAGGACCAGGACUUGCAAUAACCCACCAGCUCAGCAUGGUGGGCGGCCGUGUGAAGGAAAUGCUGUGGAAAUAAUCAUGUGCAACGUUAGGCCUUGCCCAGUUCCCGGAGGAUGGAGUUCUUGGCAGCCCUGGGGUGAAUGCAGCAAAAGUUGUGGAGAAGGUACCCAGAUGCGAACCAGGCUUUGCAACAACCCACCACCAUCGUUUGGCGGGUCCUACUGCGGCGGGGCAGAAACACAAAUGCGAGUGUGCAACGAAAGGCACUGUCCAGUUGAUGGCAGGUGGUCGCCUUGGGGCAGCUGGAGUGCCUGUUCUGUGUCUUGUGGAGGAGGUACCAGACAGAGAACAAGGGACUGCUCUGAUCCUGUCCCCCAGUAUGGGGGAAGUAAAUGUGAAGGGAGUGAUAUCCAGAGUGACUUUUGCAAUACUGACCCUUGUCCAAUCCAUGGUAACUGGAGCCCUUGGAGUAGCUGGGGGACCUGCAGCCGGACGUGUAACGGAGGGCAGAUGCGGCGGUACCGAACAUGUGAUAACCCUCGUCCCUCCAAUGGAGGAAGAGCCUGUGCGGGGCCAGAUACCCAGGUCCAGAGGUGCAAUACUGACCUGUGUCCUGUGGAUGGAAGCUGGGGAAACUGGCAGAAUUGGAGCCGUUGUUCUGUCUCUUGUGGAGGAGGUGAAAAGACUCGGAUACGGCUCUGCGACAGCCCACUGCCCUCUAAAAAUGGUCGUUUCUGUCGAGGAGAUGCUACUCAGGUGGCGAGAUGCAACACACAACCAUGUCCAGGUGGGCCCCAACGAGCCAGAGGAAGUGUUAUUGGAAAUAUUAAUGAUGUUGAAUUUGGAAUCGCUUUCCUUAAUGCCACAGUGACAGAUAGCUCAAGCUCUGAUACUAAAAUAAUACAUGCUAAAAUUACCAAUGUGCCUCGAAGCCUUGGUCCUGCAAUGAGAAAGAUAGUGUCUAUUCUAAAUCCCAUUUACUGGACAAUAGCAAAAGAAAUAGGAGAAGCAGUCAAUGGAUUUACCCUAACCAAUGCAAUCUUUAAAAGAGAAACUCAGGUGGAAUUUGCAACUGGAGAAAUCUUGCGCAUGACUCAUAUUGCACGGGGCUUGGAUUCUGAUGGUGUUUUGCUGCUAGAUAUCGUUGUGAGUGGCUAUGUCCUGCAGCUUCUGUCACCUGCUGAAGUAAAUGUUAAGGAUUACACAGAGGACUACAUUCAAACAGGUCCUGGGCAGCUCUAUGCCUACUCAACUAGGAUGUUCACCAUUGAUGGCAUCAGUGUCCCAUACACAUGGAAUCACACUGUCUUCUAUGACGAGGCGCAGGGAAGAAUGCCUUUCUUGGUAGAAACACUUCAUGCAUCCUCUGUGGAGUCUGACUAUAACCAGUUAGAAGAGACUUUGGGUUUUAAAAUCCAUGCUUCAAUUUCUAAAGGAGAGCGCAGUAACCAGUGCCCCUCCGGCUUUGCCUUAGACUCUGUUGGACCCUUUUGUGCUGAUGAAGAUGAGUGUACAGCAGGCAAUCCCUGCUCCCAUACGUGCCAUAAUGCCAUGGGCACCUAUUAUUGCUCCUGUCCCACAGGCCUCACCAUCGCUGCUGAUGGAAGAACUUGUCAAGAUAUUGAUGAGUGUGCUUUGGGAGGACACAGCUGCCACACAGGCCAGGACUGUGACAACACGAUCGGAUCCUAUCGCUGUGUGAUCCACUGUGGAGUUGGGUUUCGAAGAACGUCUGAUGGGCUGAGUUGUCAAGAUGUGAAUGAGUGUAGACAGAACGUAUGCAGGCCUGACCAGCUCUGUAAAAACACCCGUGGUGGCUACAAGUGCAUUGAUCUUUGUCCAAAUGGAAUGACCAAGGCAGAAAAUGCAUCCUGCAUUGACAUUGAUGAGUGUAAAGAUGGGACCCAUCAGUGCAGAUAUAACCAAAUAUGUGAGAAUACAAGAGGCAGCUACCGCUGUGUUUGCCCAAGAGGUUAUCGGUUCCAAGGACUUGGAAGACCCUGCAUGGAUAUUAAUGAAUGUGAACAAGUGCCCAAACCCUGUGCACACCAGUGCUCCAACACCCCUGGCAGCUUCAAGUGUGUCUGUCCCCCAGGACAACAUUUAUUAGGGGACGGGAAAUCUUGCGCUGGAUUGGAGAGGCUGCCACAUUAUGGCACUCACUACCGUAGCUAUAACCUUGCUCGCUUCUCCCCUGUGAGGCACAACCGGCAACCUCAGCAGCAGUACAGGCAGUACUCACAUCUCUACAGCUCCUACUCAGAGUAUAGAAACAGCAGGACAUCCUUCUCCAGGACUAGAAGGACUAUUAGGAAAACUUGCCCCGAAGGCUCGGAGGCAAGCCAUGACACAUGUGUAGAUAUUGAUGAAUGUCAAAUCAGGGACACCUGUCAGCAUGAGUGCAGAAAUACCAUCGGAAGCUAUCAGUGCAUCUGCCCCCCUGGUUAUCAACUCAUGCUCAAUGGGAAGACAUGCCAAGAUGUUGAUGAAUGUCUGGAGCACAAUGUGCGCUGUGGGCCGAAUCGCAUGUGUUUCAACAUGAGAGGAAGCUACCAGUGCAUUGACACGCCCUGCCCUCCCAACUACCAACGGGACGCUGUCUUAGGGUUCUGCCUCAAGAACUGUCCACCCAAUGAUUUGGAAUGUGCCUUGAGCCCAUAUGCUUUGGAAUAUAAACUUGUCUCCCUCCCAUUUGGAAUAGCUGCCAAUCAAGAUCUAAUCCGGCUGGUUGCAUACACGCAGGAUGGAGUGAUGCACCCCAGGACAACUUUCCUCAUGGUUGAAGAGGAGCAGACUGUUCCUUUUGCCUUACGGGAUGAAAACCUGAAAGGAGUAGUGUACACUACACGGCCACUUCGAGAGCCAGAGACCUACCGAAUGAGAGUUCGAGCCUUAUCCUACAGUGCCAGUGGUUCCAUUGAAUAUCAGACCACUUUCAUAGUUUAUAUAGCUGUGUCCGCCUAUCCAUACUGAGAUGUUCUCCAAAGCCUCUCUGACAUGUUUAAACAGCCUUGAUCAUACAGUCAAGUUCCUUCUUGGUUACUAUCUCUUGAACAGUUGCAAUCUUGGCAACGUGAAAAUGGUGCUAUACUCUACUCUAUGCUUCUUAGUACUGUUGAGUUAGUGUUAUGAUCCCAUUGUGGACACAGGAAGGUCUAGAGAACUCCUUUAUUUUAUUUAUUACACUGGAGCAGUUACUUCCCAAAGAUUAUUCCGAAUGUCUAACAAGACAUAUCAGUAAUGUUUUAUAAUAGUGCCAUAGCUAAGAUCAUUUUCCUGAAAAUAAAACAAAAAACAAUUAAUGCAAAGUCAAGUAGGUUUUUGAGCAUUUGAUAAAUUUUAGAAUAUUAAAAUUAGUUGCUUUGUUUAUCAAUGAAAGCUUAUAAAAUAAUUUAGGAAGUUUUUUUAAGCAUUGAUACUUUGUAAUAAGACUUACACAGCUAUUUUCUUUUUAAGGGAAAAAGAAAUACCAUUGUUUUGGAAACAUGAUACAGCUACUCAGUCUGUAUGUUUCCCAAUGGUGCUCAUGUUGACUAAAUAUUCAAACCAAGGGUAAUCUUAUUAGUGAUUCUGUGAAAUCAUCUGAACCACCACUGACAAAAACAGAAAUGAUUUUCUCCAAAGAUGCGUUCUGUGGCAUGGAUCUCAGCACUCACACUUACAUGAUAUAACCUUCUACUCAGUUAGCUCCAUAACUCUUAUAGUUCAUAAUUUUUAAAGAUUUUUUAUCUUUCAUGGAAAACAAUUCUUUAAAACAGUAAUAGGAUAGGUUUCUUUGUGAUUUAAAAAAAUCUCAGAUAUUCAAAUUAACUUGUUAAUAAACGUCAAUACACUGUGCAUGGUGGUAACAGACUCUGUAAGCAAUUGUCAAGAUGUAUUCUAUUUUUAUGAAGUGUAUAUAUAUUACCUUAGUAUGUAUUUUCUAUAUUAAUAUCUUCAUGAACUCUUGUAAAGUUAUUUUAUAAAAAAUUCCAGUAUUACAAUAAA